UGCAACUUUGAGAGCCAAAGAAUAUUGUCCUGCAUACAGCCUGAAUGCACAACAUAUAACUGAUCAGUACAACUGCAGUGAUUUGUUUCCUGAUUGCCCGAAGCGACAGUUUUGGUCCAACGAAAUUCUUAAUUAUACAGGAUGCUUGAAAGAAGUUCGAACAUGGUCAAAUAACCCAUCAACCAUUGGAAUUCCUUCGACGUAUCCGAGCACGCGGAGUGGAAUCCCUGGAAGAACUCCAGAAGUAGAAUACAAUUCAAAUUAUCUGUUCCUUCUAUUUCUCGUCCUGAUACCGGUGCUGCUCUUCGGGAUAUGGAUAUGGAGAAAGAAUAAAUGCGGACAGAAAAUACGAAGAAGACGGUGGUUUAAACACAAACAAAGGAAUAUAGACUCCGGAAGAGGCAUUAACACAGAUAAUGUUUACUGUGCAUGUGUCAAGAGAAGACAACGACAGUCUACUACCGAAUUCCCAUGGGAAGAGGAACAUACUACAGAGAGAACAAAAUCUAUCUUCGAAGAAAACAAAGACCAAGAUGAAAGUGAUCCUUUGAUACUCAAGCCUACUGAUGAAAUCACGGAUACUGCAAAUAGUUUUAACUCAACGAGUGGUGCCAAUGCAACGGAAUAUCAACCAGACAAAGGGGACGAUGAUAGGAACACUGAAACAAAACCUGAAGUGAAAGGAAAAUCCUUAUCAAACCAGCCAUCUACAAUAAAAACAAGCAUAGAUGAAGAAUCAACAACAGAUAACAGCAGUGUCUGCACCAGAGAUUUUGAGGAGAAGGAAAAUACAGAAAAAUCAGAAAAACAAAAAACUAGAAAGAAUUCUGAAAAAAAUUCUAGUUCCCAGAAAGAAAAAUACACUCCAAUCGAUGAUUCUAGUAGCAGCAUGAAGAUGACAAACGAAAACCAGUUGGGUGUACGUGAAAAUAAUCCAUUAAUAUUUAAAAAUGGUCGACAACAGUCAACCAAAUCAUCUGGAAACAAUCUGGGCACAUCAGAUUCUAACGAUUCUAACGACUUGCAGAAUGAUACAGACAGGGUUGACAGUGCUGAAGGUGUUAAGGUUCAGUCCACAAGAACACAUUCACUAAUUUUGUCAUCACAAAAUAAUUGUCACAAGCAAGCAACUCAAAGAGAAUAUGAUACAGAUAAAAACAUCGAUCAGGCUGAACAUUCGCUGACAGCAGUUUCACAACACGACGACUCUUACACAGCGUUUGUAGGAGGUUUGAAUGCCACUACAGAACAUGGUUUAGAUGUUCAAAAUGAACCGAAAGGCCUUCACGAAAAGAUCGGUGAUCUUUCAAAAUCGUUUUCAUCGGCCUUUCCAGAGUCUACCCCAGGAGACACAAACACUGUUACUAAAGCCACAUCAACUGAAACAUGCGAGGGUCGUGAAUCAAGUGUAGACGAUGAAAAUCAAUUACAACACACGCUUAAAAGAAUGUUACCCGCCGUUAUAGAGGAGGUCAUUACACAAUUAGGCAGCAAAAUGAGUGGUGAAAAGACGUGUCAGCAACUGAUAGAUGACCAAUCUUGGACUCCAGCCCAGCAAAAAGAGAUAAGAAAUAUUCGAGCGAGAAUCAACGACAUAGAGAAGGCACAGAAUGAAAAAGAGGAUGAAGUAAGACAACUUAAAAACCGAAUUUGCACAUUAGAAACGGAGAAAAUAUCUUUGAAGGAUAGCAUGAGUGAUCUAGAAAAGAGACUACAUGAAAUGAAGUCUGAAAAAAGUGAUGAGAUUUAUAAACUAAAGACAGAUUUAAAAGAAGCGAAAAAUCUCAUUACGAAGAAAGAUGAGGAAUUGUCGAAAAUGAAACAAGAUAUUGAGGAAAAGGAUAAAAUUAUCAAAAAGCUAAGAGAGGAAGCAAAGGAAUUAAAAGAGAAGUCAGAUGACACAGAUGAUAUGCAAUAAAAGAGUAGUGGGAAUUCCAAGUACUAGACUCGUAGAUUCCCAAUUUCACCGUUAAUAAAACCACUAAAAUUUUAGAAAUAAACGCAAAUAUAGUGAUAUAUGGAUUCCUAAGUAAAAAACAACAGUUGUUACUGGUGAUAAGAUAUAUAUUAAUGUAUGUUAAAUCUGAUUUCAUUCACAAACGUGUGGGAAAGCCUACUUUAUGUACCCAAUAAACAGUUGGAAAUUGAGAAUAAAAGUGAUUUUAAAUAUAAAUUAUAA